UAAACCAAAACCAAAUGUUCAUUGUCAAAAAGUUGUAAACUUAUUCAUCUUUAUUUUGUGCCAAUAAGUAUUAUUCUAGGUGGCACAAUCGUUAUAAAACAUUGAACGUUAUGAAAAUUCUUUAAAAACUACACUGUCAUUAACGUUAAAAUACGUUAUAUAAGUGCUCUCUAACAAUGCAAUUUCAUGCCUUCACACAAUACUGUGACUAAUCAAUUAUUAUUUACGUAUUUACCUUUGGAGUUUAGAACUUAUCAGUUGCUUAUAUAGAGAAAGGUCAAGUGAAUACUAAGCAAGCUGAAAAAUGGGAAACAAAUCGUCGUUAUUACUGAGAGAGGAAGAAAUCGCACAAAUCCAAGAAGAAACUGGCUUCACACCAAAUCAGAUAGAGCGUUUGUACUCCCGUUUUACAUCAUUAGACAAGAAUGACUGCGGUACAUUAGCUCGUGAGGAUUUCCUGCGGAUACCGGAACUAGCAAUCAACCCACUCAGUGAGAGGAUAGUACAUUCCUUCUUUGCAGAGAGUCAUGAUGAUAGGGUCAACUUCCUACAGUUCAUGCGCGUAUUGGCGCAUUUCAGACCAAUCAGGAAGAAUAGAGAGAAUAAGUUGAAUAGUCGAGAAGAAAAAUUAAGAUUUGCGUUUUCAAUGUAUGAUUUGGACAAUGAUGGAAAGAUCUCAAGAGAUGAGCUAUUGGCUAUCCUUCACAUGAUGGUGGGAGUAAAUAUAAGUGAAGAACAAUUGACAAGCAUUGCUGAACGUACGAUAAUUGAAGCGGACACAAACAACGAUCAGAUGAUCUCAUUCGAAGAGUUCUGUCAUGCGCUGGAACGCACCGAUGUGGAGCAGAAGAUGUCCAUCCGAUUCCUAAACUGACCUCCGCAGUCCUGAACAGAUAUAUCAAGUCACUGACCUCUUUAUAUACCACUGGACAAGCUAACAAAGCCAAAUUUUGUUUCUAUUUAAUUUUUGUCAUAGUGGCGUUGACUAGCAGUAUUGGAAACUCAAAUCAAUAAUAGUGCCUAGUAAUAGCUGUUAUUUCUAAGCGAUCAAUCUAGCUGAUAUCUUGUGAGGUCAGUGUCCUGACCUUUAUAUAUGAACAGGCUAAAAACUAUGAUAUUUUGUAACAAUUUGAUUUCCCCAUUUUGCCGUUGACAUUUGCGGUUUGUAGCAGUGGUGAGAAUUUGUACUAAUAGAGUUAAUUAUCAGGAACUUUAACAUUGAAGUUGAAACAAAGCAAAUGCAGUAAUUUCCAAGCAAUAACCUAUCGAUUAAUAGAGAUCAGAGGAUCAUUGCAUCAAGUAUAUCCUCAAUAUAAUACUGGCUGUAAUCCUAUACAACCUCUUUAUUAAGAAUGGCCAUUGAUUUUUGAGACAAAAUCUCUGCAUGAAACAUAUUAUCUGUCAUUAUCUUUGACAAAAUAGAGAUAACAAUAUGUUUUAAACGGAGAUUUUGGACUCGGAAUGGUUGGAGAUUAAAAAAUAAUUCUUUGGUGUAACUAAUUUCCUAUUUGUUGGUGUUUAGCUAAGGGUUUUUUUAUUAGAUUAAAGGAUAAAUGGUAUUAGCAGCUUG